AUGAGUGCUCCGGCCGACACCAGCUCUGCCCUGGGAGCGCUGACUUCCGGCACCAUGCACUCCGACUCCACCGCGGCCCUCUCCACUGCCGUGGUACCCGCCUCGCCGGCGUCCCUCGCCGUCAACGUCGCUAGCGUGAAAACGCACGUCCCCGUCGUCCUCGACCUCAAGGCCUCCAACUACUCCAAGUGGCGCAUGCUCAUGGGCGUCCUCCUCGACAAGUACGACCUCACCGGCCACGUCGCCCACAACACUCCGGCCGCUAAACGCACCGCCGAGUGGAAUCGCCAGGACUUUGUCGUCCGCUCGUGGCUCUACGGCUCCAUCAGCGAGGAGAUCCUCGACAUCAUCAUGGGAGAGAACCAGACGGCGUACGAGGCCUACGUGCUCAUCCGCAACCUCUUCCUCGACAACCAGAUGACCCGCGCCGUCUACCUCGAGGCGGAGUUCCGCGCCAUCACCCAGGGUGACCUCUCCAUCACCGCCUACUGCCACCGGCUCAAGUCGCUCUCUGACGCGCUGCGCGAUGUCGGGCAACCGGUGACCGACCAGACGUUGGUUCUCAACUGCCUCCGCGGUCUGAAUCCUCGCUUCGCCGACAUCACGACCUUGGUCACCAUGCAGGUUCCCGUGCCCACGUUCCUGCAAACCAGGUCCCUCCUGCUCCUCCGCGAGACUCAGCUCGCCCACACCUUCCAACCAUCGCCCCAGGUCGCGCUCUACGGGAACAACACCGGCUCCGGCUCGUCGUCCGGCGGCGACCAGGGCGGCCGCAGCUCCGGCGGUGGUGGAGGCGGCAAUGGCCGCGGCUGGCGCAAGAAGAACAAGAACGGAGGCGGCGGUGAUCGCAGCGGCAACGCUGACUUGCGCGACACACGCUCGGUUGUGUCCCCUGGCCCGUGGAUCUGCUUCAACCCACACACGGGCCAGGCACAGCAGAUGCAGCCCAACUGGAGGCCCACCAGCGGACCGAGCCUACCAUCAGGCGGACCAGGCCUCCUUGGGCCACGGCCUACUGGACCAUCGCAGCAGCGUCAGCCCACCUGGGUCCCUCCAGGCCAGCAGGCGUACGUCACCCAGCUCGCACCACUUCAUGGCCAGGCAUUCGGCACGAAUGCGCCACCACCUGCGACGCCGUACCUCCCGUACGGCUCUGGCGACCACACCAUCAGCGCACCAGCAUGGGACUGCUCCGCCCUCGUCGCUGCACUGAAUAACACCGCCAGCUCCUCCAAUGCAGGCGGAUGGGUUAUGGACUCCGGCGCCACUUCUCAUAUGGUCUCGGACCCCGCUACUCCAUUGUGA